CGAGUUGUGCUUUGCUCCUUGAUCCCCCCUGUCAGCUGAGUGGAGUUUCCACUAGGGUUCGAGAAAAGACCUCAGAUCGCGCUCGCAUAGCCAAUGUCUGGCUGAGAGCAGGAGAGCUGGCACUGUGGCCCCUGCUGAAAGAAGAGGAUACAUCUGCAGCGGAGAGAGGAGAAACAGCUGAUGGCUUUGCCUUGACACUCUGCUAUCAGAUGAGAAAAUAAAAGACAGCUAGUCGAUGUCAGUGGGUUUCCACAGUCGGAGAUUCCCAAGCCUAUCGACACCAAACAUCAAUGAGGCCUCAAGUAAAGAUGUCACUGCUUCACUGCACAGGAAUGUCCUGUCGUGGGCUGUGUGGCGGGGGAAAGUGGAGAGUGUGUCUCUUAAAGCAAUAACACACUCUUCUUCCUCUCAGACAUUGGCAGAAAUUGGAUCUUACAGUGGACUUUCCAACCUGUUCAGGGCUGCAAGUGUCCCAGAUGUGGCAGAAAGGAGUCCAAAGUCAGCAUUUUCUUCCAUCACCAUCGCAACCCAGAGGAUUUUGCCAUCACUUUACACCCCACUGGACCCUGCGUAUCGAUCCACUCCAACACAGCCUGUUAAGGUUUCAACUCCACCAAAACUGCAAGAAACUUUCAUUCCCACAAGCCCAAUGAGGGUCUCAAAUUCUCAACUGGACGUGUGCAGACAGGGUCCUACAACUGUGACACCUAAUGAGUUCAGACAGGCUUACUCACACACUGAUGGAUUGGCUAUAAGAGAUCAAGGAAAGAGGAAAGUACAACUUGUACGCAGACUGAGCUACAUAGAGAGCGACAGCAAACAGGACGAGAUAGGUGGCUUAUUAAUGUCUGCACAGCCUCACAGAUCUUGUAUCCAUCUCGAGGUGCCGCUGAGGUCCAUUAGCUCUGUUGUGUUUUUGGACAAGUCUCUUUCCAUUUCCCUUGUGGAACUAGAGGGAAGAAGAUCAGGUCAACCCACUCAGUACAGGUCCAGCUUGUCUGUUCGCAUCAGUGUCCAAUCCUGCCGCAGAUCCUCUGCAGAUAACAACGCAGACAAAAUAAAUGAGGGUUACGGGAGACCUAGAACGGCCAUGUUGGGCCGACACAAACGCAAUGGCCGAGAGAGUGUUUUGGUUCAAUGCAGAAGCCCCCUAUCACAGCACAGGGCCACCAGGGUCGAGCCAAUAGCACCCGCUCAUGGUGUUAACAGCAAGGCUGAUGAUCGAGAUACGCAGCAGCAGCGCCGCACUGCUCUGGGAUUAUUGUCAUUCAGAGGGCCGGGCCCCUCAGACACAAAGCCUGGCAGGCAGACGGGGAAUGCAGAUGAGGAAGCCUUCCCUAUCUGUAGCAAUUUCAAGCAGCGCACUUCUAAUAUCGGCCCAGUGGACUCCAGAACUUGGAGCAGGCAAGCAAGAAAAGACAAGACUGAAGAACAACAACAACUUGACGGGUCCCCAGAGUGUCAAAGAGUGUCCUUCAAGAAACGACCGCAGACUGAUUAUCCAAAAGGCACACCCAACAGUCUCAGCCUCAAAGAGGCUUUGGAGCUCUUCAGGCCAGACUUCAUCAACCGAUCUCAAGGUCGGGUGAGGAGGUUGGAGCAGAGGGCUAGAAAAAGGAGAUUGCUGCAGGACUCCAAUUCAGACCUGGUGCAGGGCCUCAGGGAGGAACGAGACAAACAAAAGAGAAACUGCACCACACCGGAUCCACUUAGUGAUAACCUUUUCAAGCCUAGAGAGAGGUCUAUAUCAGGCAGAGAGAUGCAGCUGAGGUCCAGACGGAUUUACAAAAAGCUACCAGAGGUGACAAAGAAAAAAGAGGAAGAGAAGAAGAGGACCAUAUCACAAACCAACAGAUUGCGAGCAGACAUCUUUAAAAAGAAACUUCUGGACCAGAUACUGCAAAGAUAAAUGAAAGAAACCAGAAGGUGAACCUUUGUUAACUCACUGACCAUCCUGGCUCUUCAUUUUUUCUCCAUGUAUAUUAAAUAGGCAAUGUAUUUAAUUGAGUCAAUCUUCUAUGCAAAUCAUUCUCAUGCCUGUGCAUAUAUUCAUUGUAUUAAGGCUUGAUUUAUAUGAAAUAUCAUAUUCAAUCUUUAUUUAUUGCAUCCUGACUGCUUGAGAGUUCAGAUGAAUACGCAAUCAGAAACCAAAAUUGGAUUUUAGAGAUGAUGAUGAUGACAGAAACACACAUUUUGAUGAGUUUUUCAUUAUUUUCCAACUCUGUUUAUAAUCUUAUUUGACAUGUUCCAGAGAAGACACAGUUCAAUCUAUGCCAAAAUGGCAAAGAUAUAUAAGCAUUUUUUUACCCAAAUUAUACUGUAUGGUAUUAGAUAAAAAUGUAUAUGAUGUUCAAGCUGAGGUUAAUAAAAUAUAUAAACAUUGUUAUUGUGUGUGAAGGCAUUGACAAACCCUAAACUUUUGACACCAAUACACACAAAUUUAUAUAUUCUUCCGUGUUGUAACGAAUACCCAAUGACUAAAAGCAAUAGAGGCACAUCUUGGCUCAUACCCUUUCUACUGAUUUUAUUUCUUAUCUACAAUAUCACCGUGCCGUAAUUUAAUCUCAAGAAUGGAAUAAAAGCAUUCCAAGGACAUUCUGUGUAGGCAUAGUGUUAUUUUCCAGGAAAUUAAGUUCUCGGCACCUUGGCUAUCAUUGGUACAGCGCUGUGGGUGAGUAAAGUUGGAGAGGGGUCAACCAUGUUGCGUCAUUGACUUCACGUCUGCCUCGAGGCCUGUGGAUCCUCCCAUCCGGAACACUGGAAUUCCAAGCUAAUCGAACUCAGGAGACUCGCAACGCUGGUGAAAGGGAGCUUUUGUCAUAGAGCUCCAAACCAAAGAUGACAUUGUAAUAAGAGAAGAGACUACUGAGUACACACGGGGACUGCAGUCCGCAUAUAGCCCGUAAAGGUGACUGACAUCUCUGUGGAACUGAGCCUGCUGUGCUGAGGAGGGAACUGGGGAAGGACAUGAGCUCUCAGACCACCACGCUGUAUUAAUGCAUGCUGUAUAUGAAGUUGACUUUGACAGUGUUUAAAUCACAAACAAAAUGCUAGAUUUAAUGUCUUAUUUUACUUUUAGCUAUCUUUAGUUUAAUCUCUUCCACUCAUAACAAAUUGAAA